AUGGAACUCGAGCGCGAGGGGAUUAAGGGGGAGGAGAAAGGUAUGUGCUUGUCCGUGGUGGUGAAUAAAGCCUAUGAGUUGGAGGAAGAUAUUCUGGUCGAAAUUCUUUCUCGGCUGCCUGUGAAAAUUCUGUUUAAACUGAAGUUGGUCUGCAGACGUUGGAAUGCCAUGAUUUCAAGUCCCUAUCUAGCUUCUUUGCACCUCCAGAACUAUACAAACGGUCCAGCUGGCGAUGCCUCUCGGUCCCUCAUCAUUUACGAGUCUGAAAUUCGUAAUUAUCCCUUCUUAUAUGCUGAGCAGCUUUAUCCUGAUGCAGCAGAUGCAUCGCAAAUUCGGCUAUUGGAGAUCCCGCUGCCGGUGAUCACCGGACCCUGCAAUGGCAUAUUUUUGUUGGGCUCUCUCAUUAGGUGUUAUUUUUACUUGUGGAAUCCAGCAACAGGCACCUUUAGGGAUAUACCAUCCCCCAGAUACAGAAGAGCCAACCCGAUGCAAGACUUUGACUUUCAAGAUUGCUACUCAUGUGGGUUGGGGCUGGAUAAGACCGCUAAUGAUUUGAAGAUAGUUCUGAUUCGACACUUCACGCAUCCGAUUUCUUCUCACUUUACGGGCUCGAGCAGCUACUCCUCGCCAGAGUUCCCUUCACAAGUGUCGGUGUACACACUCGGGACUGAUUCUUGGAGAGAGUUGGAAGAUUUCACCCAGGAGGUUGACACACUUGAUUACAACGACUCUUGCAGGUAUUUGAAUGGGUUUGUGUUUUGGCUGUGUUCAUCUCCUGUUGCGGCACUGGCAUUCGACCUUGGGACGGAUGUUUUCCGGGUGAUAAAUGAUCCUGUAUCCGUCCCCUCUGUUGAAUGUUUUGAUAUUCCUCCCAAGCGACUUUCCCUGUACGGGAAUUCGGUUGCUUUAUUUAUUAUCCAGGAUGGUGGUGGUGGAUAUGAUAUGUGGUUAUUGAGUGAAGAUUGGUGCUGGGUCAAAUAUUUGGCUAUUACUCCAUUCGUUCCCAAGGAUAUGAUGGUGGUCGGGAAUUGGGGGGAGAAUCAGCUUAUCUUGGCUUCCAGAGUUCAAGAACCCGAAAAUUUUGAAUUCAUUUUAGAAAAU